AUGAAUGUGUUUAUUUUAGAUCUGAUUGAAGUGAAAGAGGAGAGUCAAGAGCUGAAUGAACUGGAGGAGAAACGUCAUCAUGACUUCAAAACAGAAGAAAACGAUUUUAGCUGCUCACAGACUGAAAUUAAUUUCUCACAAGAGAGAACUCAAAAUACAGAAGCUGAAACCUCUAUCACUUGCCCUCAGUGUGGAAAGACUUUCAAACGUAAAUACAACCUUAAGAAGCAUUUAAGCAUUCACACUGGAGAGAAACCUCUCACAUGUCAGCAGUGUGGAAAGAGUUUCAUUGAUAAAACGUAUCUCAAAUAUCAUAUUCGUCUUCACUCAAGUGAAAAGCCAUUUAACUGCGAUCAGUGCAGUAAACAUUUUUCAACAAUGUCUCUUCUAAAAACACACCUGAAAAUUCAUACAAAUGAGAGGCCUCAUGUGUGUUCUGUUUGUGGAAAUGGUUUUUUACGACUGGAACAUUUGAAAGAUCAUCAGAAAAGACACGCUGGUGUCAGAGAUCAUAUAUGCUCUGAGUGUGAGAAGAGCUUCACUACAGCCAGCCAAUUGAAAAUGCACCUCCGAAUUCACACUGGAGUGAAACCUUACAAGUGCCAUGAGUGUGGAAAGAGUUUUGCAUGUACAAGUAAUCUUAAGAAGCACUUGAGAAUUCACACUGGAGAGAAACCUUUCUUAUGUCAGCAGUGUGGAAAGAGUUACAGAUUUCAAUCACAACUUAAUAGACACACGAGAAUUCACACUGGAGAGAAGCCUUACACUUGCCCUCAGUGUGGAAAGAGUUUCUCUGAUAAAACAUCUCUCAAAUCCCAUAUUCGCUAUCACUCUGGUGAAAGACCAUUUAACUGCGAUCAGUGCGGUAAACAUUUUACAACAAUGUCACUUCUAAAAAGACACCUGAAAAUUCAUACAAAUGAGAAGACUUGAGGCGGAUUUAUAGUUCUGCGUCAAACAUUUA